AUGGUAUCUCUAUUUUCUCCGUUCCGCAGCACAUACCGAUACCUCCAAUAUGCAGCGCACGAACACCCAGCAGUCUUCUUCUCGAUUGCCAUUGGAUCUGUUGGACCAGUGGCAGUCUUGACAGUGCCCCCUAUUCGUAAAGCAUACGGUUGGAAGCCUGCUGAAAAGGUUCCUACUUCUUACCCUCUUCCCGCUCGCGCACGUCAAGAGAUCACUGCGUACGACGACGAAGAGUGA